AAAUAACCAAUCAAAAGCAUUUCCGGGAAUACUGCCGUGUCUCGCAGCUAGCUAGUCUAACUACUUCACAUUUUUGCAGCAAUCGCCGAGUUUGAUUGAAUAUGGGAUAAUAUGCGCGUUAGUUUCAAACAGCUGAAUAACCAAAUUAGCCGUAAUCAAGCUGGCUGGGCCAUUGUGAUUUGAAUACUGCUUCUUUGACUUGAGCUAGUCUACGUACGCUGACUGGGUGCUAGUGCUAGUACUUGCUAGCCUUGUAGUUGCUAGAGCUAGCUAGAACAGUAACCUGAGUAGCUUGCUAAAUUAUCAUGGUUUUACGGUUAGUACCACCACGGCUACGAUAUGUUUAGUAGGGUUUGACUAGCUCACGCUCACUGUCGUACUGUUUUUGAUCAUUUAGCAAAUACAAUCAUUUCACUUGCUGUAUUUUUGUAAACAUGGUACAGUAGCUAACAAGUAAGCUGCAUUUUAGAUUUUAAUCAUGUGUCAAACCCCACUGUGUCACAGCUGAGAGUAACUUUUCCCAUGACAAGUCGAAAAUGGAGUUCAGAUAGUGCCGGCUUUCUUAGAGAAUUUGAGUGAGACUCGUUGAGUUCAGCAUGAAGGCCCUGAGCUCAAGGUGCUCCUUCUAUUUGGGCUUUCUGGUGGGAACCUGCACGCUCUAUGUGUUCCUGCGCCAGGUGUGGUUCGAAACGAGUUUUCAGACACGUCAACCCGAUGGACUUGAGAAGAUUGCAGGAGAGCAGCAUGCUUUGGACGAGGAGAGAAAAAACUGGAAGAAGGAAAGAUCGGCUCUGUUCAACCUAAAUCACCCUCACCACAAAGGUGAGGACAGCCGCGUGGCAGACGAGCUGUACCAGAAGGUCCGCAUCUUGUGCUGGGUGAUGACUGGACCAAAAAACCUGCAGACGAAAGCUCGCCAUGUCAAGGCCACCUGGAGCCGCCACUGUAACGUUGUGGUUUUCAUGAGCUCAGUAGACGAUCCUGACUUUCCCACAGUGGGGCUGGGUACUCAGGAGGGCCGUGACCAGCUCUACUGGAAAACCAUUCGCGCCUUCCAUUAUGCCUACGAGCACCAUGCCCACGAGGCAGACUGGUUCCUCAAGGCUGAUGACGACACUUACGUAAUUGUGGACAACCUUCGUUGGGUGCUGGCCAACCACACGCCUGAGGAACCGGUUUACUUUGGUCGCAGGUUCAAGCCCUACACCAAGCAGGGCUAUAUGAGCGGUGGCGCAGGCUACGUGCUGAGCAAAGAGGCCCUGAAGCGGUUUGUAGGGGGCUUCAGAGAUAAGGUUUGCACUCACACCACUCCAGUGGAGGACCUUGCCAUGGGGCAGUGUAUGGAGAAGGUGGGGGUACAGGCAGGGGAUUCCAGAGACACUAUCCUAAGGGAAACCUUUCACCCCUUCAUCCCUGAGCAGCAUCUCACCGCCAAGUUCCCUAAGAGCUUCUGGUACUGGAGCUACUGCUACUACCCCAUCUCAGAGGGCCCCAAUUGCUGCUCGGAUCUUUCGGUGUCUUUCCACUAUGUGGAUCCAUCUCUCAUGUACUUGAUGGAGUACUAUAUCUACCACCUCCGAGCUUUUGGCUACAGAUACCGCUACCAGCCCCCAGCCCCACUGGGAUACAGGACGCAGGGCUCUGAAGGAAUCUGGGAGGGUGCAGAGGUCAGAGACUCCAAAGAUCUGCCCUCUCCAGAGAAGGAAAGAAAAGGGGGGCACGACCUGACAGACAUGAAACAAGCGGGUGUGCUUCCUGCUGCUGUGGCAAAUGCCCUUCCUGAUGCCCCAAAAGAUGUAACGACAUAGCAGCCUUUUGUCAUGCGUAUUAUGUAAUGGAUACUGCAUGGGAGAGAUUUCAAAUAUUUGUGCGCAAGUGUAGGUGCGGCCUUGACGUAUUCUGGUAUGGAAGGAAUAAUCAAUAAUUUAUAUUGUGUAUGGGGUUGUGGAAUCCCAUUGAACUUGGUUGAUAUGUAAAUAGUGCUAAGCAUUUGAUAUUUAUUAAACUUCAAAAAGAGCAACGACAACCCUAAAUCCAGUGCUUUCUUUCCAGUCCCAUUUUUACAAGGAACAAAACGUGCAGUGUACCUGAGACAGCUGCUGACAGCUGAAUUCAACAGUCACUUUUGCUACUUGAAGACCAAAAGUCAGAGUUUGCAACAAAAUGUCAAAAUGACAACCAGAAUUUCCCAAAAUGUCAGUUUCCGACUUAAUUUUUUUGUAAACUUUUUUUUUAACCACUGUCAUGAGACACUUUAUUUGAAUGAAAACAUAAGCACCUUUAGAGUUCACCAGGACAUGUAUUGGCUUUUUGAGGAUGUAACAACCUGUUAAACCACUCCUUUCUGUGUGGGUGCAUUCACAUAACCUGUUGGGAGAAUUUACUAAACUGGACUUGCAUUUCAACCCCAAAGACGUGCAUUCUCUUUAGCUAUGUAAGCCCUACAGCUGUUGAAAAGGUGUGAGAGUGUCUCUCACCUGAGAUUUUCUGAUUUAAGAGUUUUGGCUUGUGCCUUGUGAAUUGAUUGUAUGGCAUGGUUCUGCUGCACAUUUGACUUUGCACUGUGACAGUUUGAGGAUGAACAAUGAUUUGAUUAUAUUCAUAUAGGUGGCAUCUUGUUCAGACUGACAGCAUGAAGACCUUUGAAGUAUUUGGGCCACAAGAGUCACAUUUGGACUGCUUUGUGAGGUUAUGCAUGACAAACAAUCUCUAGCCUUCAAAAGUCAUUUUCUAGUUUUAUUCAUGUGUUGAAUCAUCUAAUGCGUUUUUCCAGAUUCAAGUGAUGUUUUAAUCUUAUGUUUCUGUUUAAAUGCAUACUAAUUUAUGCAUAUGUUAUGUUUAGUGGUGAUGGUAAAACAACAUGCAUAAAGAUGCAUACUACCAAAGUUACCUACUGUAUGCUUUGUAAUAUGUUGCUGCAAAGUUAUAAAGUAAUAGGCCUAUAAACGGCAUAAAAAAAUGCUCAAGUCCAAGUUGAAACUGUCUUAAACUGGUAUUGCACAAAAUACUACAUACUACAUCAACAGUCGUGUACUAACAUUUAUAAAGCUAGGUAUUAUGGAAUACUUUUAUUGCAACAUGCUCGUUGAAUUUAUUAUCACCACUAAGUUUUAACCAAAUGUAAUCCCCUAAAUUACUUUAUGUACUGCUUUAAAACCAAAACUGGAUUAAUGUUUUUUUUGAUUAUUAUUUGGAUAUAUUCUUAAAUUUGUGUCUAGUAGGGGAUGGUAAAGGUUGAUGUCACAGAUUCAUUUGACGUAAAUAAAUGUACUGUAUGCAUUAUAUGACAAUGUUAUAUCCCUCCAUUCCUCUCCCAUAUACUUUACCUCUAUCUUCAAGUCAAACGGGACUUAUGUCAAAUAAAAUGCCUUGUGUGUCUUUUGCAAAUGUUUACAUUGUAUGUUUAGGAUACUAUUGUAAGUACACAAGCAACGGUUUAUCUGCCAGUGAUUGGCAGUGGAAUGUCUUAUAACACAUUGUAGUCUGCACCAAUUUGUUAGCAGACUAGCUUUUUACAGACUAACUUUAAUUAAAUUGUGUAUGAUCAGUCACCAGUUUUUAAUCGUGUGAGGCGUAAUUAUGACAUUUCACAGUUACUCAUUACGUCUUGGGCUUCUGAAAUUGAUGCCUACGUUAUUAUUUCCUGACAAGUUGAGCACAGGGGUAGUUAACAGCCAAAUGUAUGAUCAAGGUAGACUGUUUCUGUUAAAUCAAUAAAAGUAAUUUAAUGAACAUAAUAAAUAAAUAUUUUACUGUACAAUUAAA